UGAAAUGAAGGACUUGAUUGACGAAAGAAUGCUACAACUUGUAGACCAUUUGACAGAUCUGAAGGGAAUCCCUGAAGCAGAAACUGUAGCUAAAUUUUUGCUUGACCCUAACAAAAACAUAGAAAUGUUACCAUAUGCACAAAAGCUUCAGUUAAUAAAUCAGCUAAUAGCUGCAGAAGGACAACAGGAAGCAGAAUUCCCCAUUCCAGAAGAAGAGGGUCAAGUUGUUGAGCAAAGAGAGAAGAAAAGACAUAUCCUUGCAAAUAUAGCAUCAACUCUAAACCUUCUGCAUCUAACACAGGCUGAAGCUGGCCAGACAGAGGAGGAAGUUAAUGAGAUGGCAAAGAUGAGAAAGAUCCUGCUUGCAGAUCUGGAAUCAAAUUUAAAGGACCUUCAGCAAGCAGAAACUGUUGUCCCUACUCAAGAAGACCUUGAAAACAAAACUAAUGAGCUGACAAAAAAAAGAAGCUUACUGAUUUCAGUGCUGGAAUCGAAUCUGAUAAAUUUGAAAGAAGCACAAGCUAUUGCAGCUACUCAGCCAUCAGAAAUAAGUAAGAACCAAGUAAAAGAGUUACUACAAGAAAGAGAAGCAUUAACUGCUUGUCUGGAGGCAAAUGAACAAGAGCUGCAAGAUACGAAGUCUCAAGAAACAGAACUAGUGGAAAAAAUUAAGCAUGAGGAGGAAAUAAAUGAGCUGUCAGGGAAAAGGAGGGUGUUGCUUGCUGAUCUGGAAAAAAAUCUGAACGAUUUACAGGAAGCACAGGCUAUUGCAGCUAUUGAACCUAGCUUUGAGAAUGAUGAAAUGAUAAAAGAGCUAGCAGCACAAAGAGAGCUGUUGACUGCAAGUCUAGAGGCAAACCUAGAGGAUCUGGAAAAGGUACAGGCUUUUGUUCCAGGUCCAGGAGAAGAAAGCAGACUUAAGCAGGAAGAAAUUAACGAACUGUCAGAAAAAAGGAAAACCUUGCUUGGUAAUCUGAAAUCAAAUCUAAAGGACUUGCAAGAAGCACAGGCUCUUGCAGCUAUAGAACCUAGCACCAUGAAUGAUGAAAAAGUAAAAGAGCUAUCAGAACAAAGAAAGGUGUUGGCUGCUAGUCUAGACACAAACCUGCAAGAACUGCAAAGGGCACAGGGUUAUGUUCCAGAUCCAGAAGAAGAAAGCAGACUUAAAGAGGCGGAAUUAAAUGAACAAUCUGAGAAGAAAAGACUGUUGCAAGAGAGAUUAGAAUCAAAUCUGAAGAAUCUUCAGCAAGCACAAAUACUUGCAACUACGCAGCCAGAAAGUAUGGACGAGCUUAAGCUACGUGAGCUAAUUGAGGAAAGAAAGCAUUUGACUACAGAACUAGACACUGCUGAGCACGUUAUACGAGGAAUACAACGUGGAAAGGAAUUAAAUGAAUUGUCUCAGAAAAAGCAACUUUUAUUGAAGAAUUUGGAAUCAAAUUUGAAAGAUCUAGAAGAAGCUCAGGCUUUUGCAGAUGCUGAACCAGGCAGCAUUGCUGAGCACAAACUACAGGAAUUAACUGAACAAAGAAGGCAUUUGGCUGCAGAUCUUGAUGCAACCUUGCAUCACAUAGAAGAACUACACCAUCAAGAUGAAGCCCCUGCCCAUCAAGGUCCAGGUCACCAUCUCCUCGCAGGUACCGAAGAUAUUACAGAUCAUCAGUAUCGAUACCGUGAAGACCUUCGAUACCGUGAAUACUCUCGGUACCGUGAGAACUAUAAUUCAAGACACAAUUUUAAAACAUUUCUGUUUGUAGAAGUGGAAUUACAGGAACUAUCUGAUAAGAAGCAGGUGUUAUUGGGAAAACUGGAAUCAACGUUGAAAGAACUACAGCAAGCUCAGGCUCUUGCAUCUGCUGAACCAGGAGGUGCCAGUGAACAGAAACUACAGGUGUUAACUGAGCAAAAAAGACAAUUGACUGUAGAACUAGAGUCAGCUAUUUUGGACAUGCAAGAAAUCCAGCUUCGGGGUGAAAUCUUAAAAAGCAGGGAAAAGGAAGUUUACCAAUUAUUAGAGAAGAAGCAAGUUUUAUUGGAAAAUUUGGUCUCAACCUUGAAAGAAUUACAAGAAGCUCAUGCUGUUGCAGCUGCCGAACCAGGAAGUGCCAGUGAGGAGAAAAUACAGGUGCUUAGAGAGAAAGGAAGACGGUUGACUGCAGAUCUGGAGGAAAUUGCGCAUGAUAUUAAAAAAGCUCAGCAGCAUGCUUCAGGAAGAGCUGAGCAAGAAACACCUGGCGAAAAAGAAUUACGUGGUCUGACUGUGAAAAAACAACAUUUACUGCAAAAUUUGACAUCGAAUCUGAAAGAGUUAGAACAAAUUCAGUCUCUUGCAAGUUCUGAACCAGACAGUUCCACUGAAAAUCAAAUGCAGCAGCUGGAUGAGCAAAGAAAGGUCUUAAGUGCAAGCCUGGACACAAUUAUACAACAAAUAAAAGAAGUAGAAGGUCGUUGUGUUCCAGAGACACCAAAAAUGCCUGUUGUUUUGAAAAUGGAUUUAGAUCAGCUUUCUCAGCAUAAAAGAUUGUUUUUGGAAAGUUUGGAGUUAAAUCUAAAAGACCUGGAAGAGGCACAGGCACUUGCAGCUGCUGAACCUGGAGGCAUUGCUGAGCAAAAAGUACAAGAGCUUACUGAAGAAAGAAGGCUUUUGACUGCAGGCCUGAAAGCGGUUACGGAAGAUAUUGCAGAUGUAGAGAGUCAAGAACUGGACAAGGAUGCAAUAAUGAUAACAAGAGAAAUAAUCUUAGAUGAACUAUAUCAAAAAGAACGGUUGAUUCUGGAAAAUUUGGAAUCAAAUUGGAAAGACCUGCAACAAGCAGAGGCUCUUGCAGCUGCCGAGCCAGGUGGCAUAAGUGAGGAGAAAAUAAAGGAGCUCACUGAGCAAAGAAGGCUUUUGGCUUCAGGGUUAGAGACAAUUAUGCAAGAUAUUCAGGAAGCAGAGGGACUUGAUAGAGAGAAACUCGAGAUGCUAGAAAAAAUUGAAGGGGGAUUAGCUGAAUUAUCAGAGACCACAAGACAAUUGUGGGAAAAUUUGGAGUUAAAUCUGAGUGACUUGAAAAAUUUGCAUGUCCUUACACCUUCUGAGCAAGAUGGCAUGCCAGAGGAGCAAAACCAGAUGCUAGCUGAGCAAAGAAAGCAUUUGACUGCCAAUCUUUCGGCACUUCUCCAAUAUAUGGAAGAUGCACAAGAUCUUGUUUUAAGUGGAGAUCAAAUCAUAAGCCCUGAUGAGAGAUAUCUAGAUGAUGUAUCCGAGAUUAAAAGAUUAGAAUCAAAACUGGAUGAAAUACUACAAAUAGGGGGUCUUUCAGCUACUCAGCUGGAUGGCAUGAAGGAAAAAUUGUCCAAACUAAAAGAAAAAAGAGGAUUGGAUAGAUGGGAUACAUUUUCACAAGAACCACAGCCACCUACAAAAGAGGAAUUAGCAAUUUAUGGAUCUGAUGACCAAGUUGCAGGAAAACUUGUUGGGAAAAAAAGAUACUGGUCUCCAAAUCUACAGAAACGUGUCAGAGAUUUGCAACAAAAAAAUAUCAGAGAGAUGCAACAAAAAAACAUGACUCUACAAGGAGAUAUCAGUGAUUUAAGAAUCCACAGCUGGGUCCAUCUAGAGAACUGGAUUUAA